AAGAAGAAUAUACACCUGGUUCAAAAGUUAAAAAACCAAAAAAACAGGUAAAACCACCUGUUACAGACAAUGUAUCUGAUGACGACUCAAGUGGAUUUCAAGGCUUAAUACCGAAGAAUGCCGUCCUUAAUAUCAGUAAACUACCGUACAAAACGUCUUCAAAUGGUAUCAUUGAUUAUUCAUCAAUAAAAUUAAAGAAUCAUCAUGCCAGCCGGCCGCUCUGGAUAAAUCCUGGUAAUGGCCAUAUAAUCUUGGAAGCAUUCUCGCCUUUUGCUGAAAAGGCGCAAGAUUUUUUAAUAACUAUAAGCGAACCAGUCAGUAGACCUUCUCUUAUACAUGAAUACAAAAUGACACCAUAUUCACUUUAUGCUGCUGUUUCCGUGGGUUUAGAAACAGAAGCUAUAAUUGACACUGAAAUUCCUGAUUCUGUCAUUGAAAUGAUACGUGAAUGUACGAUAUCAUAUGGCAAGGUAAAGCUUCUAUUGAAGCAAAAUCGCUACUUCGUGGAAUCAUCGCAUCCCGAAGUUUUACAAAUGCUUCUGCGAGAUCCUGCCAUUGCCGAGGCUAGAAUAAAUAAUGACGAAUCUACUCAAGACACUUUUAUAACAAAUAAAGCUCCAACUGGUAAAGAUUUGGUAAUUCCGGGUAAAAAUGAGCCUACUGCAAAUGCUGAUAAUAAACCUAAAGAAAAUAAUGCUCAAGAUGAUGAGUUAUUAUUUAAUACGGUUGUUGCAAUUGACAAAGAGGAUGAAGAAGAUGAGGAAGAUGAAGUUCAUUCAUUUGAAAUUCGUUCGGAAAAAUUUGAGAAUGUAAAGAAAAGAUGUAACGAACUUAACUAUCCAAUGUUGGAAGAAUAUGAUUUUCGAAAUGAUGCAACCCUGGCUCCACUUGAAAUUGAUCUGAAGCCUAUUACAGUCAUUCGUCCAUAUCAAGAAAAAUGUUUGAGCAAGAUGUUUGGAAAUGGGUACUGGUCAAAUAUUAAAGAAAGCCAAAUUUCUGUUUUCACUUCAGAUCAGAAAGAAAAAUUUAUAGGACAAUCUGGUAUCGUGAUUUCCACAUACAGUAUGGUAGCUAAUACACGGACCAGGUCUUACGAAGCGUCAAAAAUGAUGGAUUUUAUAACUGGGCGUGAAUGGGGCUUUAUAUUAUUAGAUGAAGUUCAUGUCGUACCUGCAAACAUGUUUCUACGUGAAGAUGAUAAGAUUCAGGACUUGAACUUUCUGAUUGGUCCCAAAUUAUAUGAAGCCAAUUGGAUGGAUUUGGCAUCUAAAGGACACAUAGCUAAUGUGCAAUGUGCAGAAGUUUGGUGUGACAUGACACCAGAAUUCUACGCUGAAUACCUUAAAGCAUCUUCAAGAAAACGCAUGUUAUUAUAUGCAAUGAAUCCAAAUAAACUCCAAGCUUGCCAAUUCUUAAUUCAGUAUCACGAAGAAAGAGGUGACAAAGUUAUUGUAUUUUCGGAUAAUGUAUAUGCUUUAGAGGUUGGUGAUACCUCUAUAGAUUUGCCUGAAGCAACAUGUUUAAUUCAGAUUUCAUCGCAUUACGGAUCUAGACGCCAAGAAGCACAACGCUUAG